AUGGUCGCGCUUCAAGGCUUGCUGGUCUCCGCCAGUCUAGCAUUGUCAGCUUUCGGCUUGGCCAUUGAGCGCAACGAACAAGCUUGCGCAAGUUACACCAUCAUAUCGGCCAGGGGAACUACUGAGCCACAGGGCCCGUCUAUCGGCUUCAAGAACAUGAACAGCAACAUCUUGAAGCAGAAAAACGGAGGCAACGUCUACAAUGUUGUCUACCCAGCCGCCUUUGACCAAAACUCGGACCUUGGCACAGCUGAUAUUGUCAGGAAAGUGAAAGAGUUGGUCGGUCAGAACCCGGCAGAGUGCAUUAUUCUGCAGGGCUACUCCCAAGGCGCCUCUGCCACCUGCGACGCGCUUCCGGAACUCACGGGGCCGGCUUUUGACGCCGUCAAGGGCGUGGUCCUGCUCGGCAACCCCGAGCACAGGCCUGACCUGACGUGCAACGUCGACCUCUACGGCGGCAAGUCAACGCGCAAGGCCGUCGGCUUCUUCGGGACCAAAGGCGGUAUACCAUCGGAAUGGGCUUCGAAGUCUUUGGACGUCUGCAACUUUGGCGAUGGCGUAUGCGACUCUGCGCACGGUAUCGGCAUCACUUUGCAGCAUUUCGGGUAUAUUUUCAGUCCACAAACCCAAAGCAUGGGUGCCAAAUUUAUGCUCAAGAAGCUUGCUCUUGGCGGUUGA